CCAUAUAUUUGGUCUUAUGUUUAGUUAUUUCCUUGUGUUGACAGUGAUUGUGUUUCUUCCUCAAUGCAGGACAGAAAAAGAGUCCCCUUCAACACUUAUGUGGACUUUGUUCUUUUUGGCUUAGCAUUAUGACAGAAGGGGCCAAUAUGAGCUUGCUUUCUCCAAGAUUGACGAGGCUAUAGAACACACUCCAACUGUUAUUGAUUUAUAUUCUGUGAAGAGCCGGAUCCUGAAGCAUGCUGGUGAUUUGGUAGCAGCAGCUUCAUUGGCAGAUGAAGCUAGGUGUAUGGAUCUUGCAGAUCGCUACAUAAACAGUGAAUGUGUCAAGCGAAUGCUGCAGGCAGAUCAGUGCAUGUGGUAUGAACUUGCUUCUGGUGAAAGUUACUUCCGCCAAGGUGAACUUGGAAGGGCCCACAAAAAGUUUUUGGCCGUGGAGAAGCACUAUGCUGAUAUUACUGAAGAUCAAUUUGAUUUCCAUUCUUAUUGUUUGAGGAAAAUGACAUUGCGUGCGUAUGUUGAAAUGCUUAAAUUUCAAGAUCAGCUGCAUUCACAUGCAUACUUCCAUAAAGCAGCAGCCAGAGCGACCGGGUGAAACAUAUCUCUUAUGAUUUAUCUCUGUGUGGGAAUGCUUCAAGUGUCUGUAACCUUCUUGGUUGUUACUAGAUGCAUGCGUAGAUCCUUAUGGGUGGGAAAUUGUUGCAACAGUUUCAGGUUUAAUGUGGAUCAGUUGAAAAUUAAAAUUAAGCAUUUUUGUUUAGAUCACCUUUUGAAGUAGACCAAUUUCUCUUAGCAGCAGUAACUUAGAAUAACUAACAUUUCCAAUUCUAUAAAGGCAGCCUUCUUCUAUGCCCCUGGUUCCCAGUCAAUUUUUUGGAACAAAGUUUCUAAUAAUGUAAUUUGUACUGGUAUAUUGUGCCAGUUAUUUUCUUAUUCCUUACAAUUCUAGAGACCAACUCAGAAUAUUUUUUGGUAAUUUCCCCACACUUUCCAUAAUGGUUUACAAAUUGUGACUUUUACCAGAUUGUUUUUCUGCAAUCCUUAGGUUACUGUUUAAGUUGUGUUUAGACAUUAGAGAGAUCUUUGAGAAGGACAAAUAUUGUAUACGGUAUCCUUUUUUGAAAUCAUAAUCAUAUACAGUAUUGCUCUCUGAAGGAUAAAAUUGCAUUUUUAAAUAGAGCUCAUGGGUUUAAAGGGCAAAGAGCAAUUCUGUGGCUGGUCAGUAGGUAGAAGAAAAAGAUUUGCCGUUACCCUAUUCAGAAGUUAUUUGCUAAAAUCUUGUGUUGAUUACGUUGAUGAUCUAAUGGUUGGCCUUACAAUAAUUAAAUGAACAAGUAAAUGCCUGAUUGAUUU